AUGUGUGGCAUCCUCGGCGUUAUCCACGGCAACCCGUCAUCGCUCGACGCUGCCGCUGAGAUUCACCAGGCCCUAUACUACCUGCAACAUCGUGGCCAAGACGCCUGCGGUAUUGCCGCUUGUACCCGCAAUGGUCGCAUCUACCAGUGCAAGGGCAAUGGUCUCGCCGCAAAAGUCUUCCACGACGGCUCCCGCGUCGCCGACCUGCCCGGUUUUAUGGGCAUCGGCCACUUGAGAUACCCCACUGCUGGUAGCAGCGCAAACUCGGAAGCCCAGCCCUUCUACGUCAACAGCCCCUACGGCAUUGCUCUCACCCACAACGGCAACCUGAUCAACGCUCCUGAAUUGAGAGAAUACCUCGAUCAGGUCGCUCACAGACACAUCAACACGGACAGCGACAGCGAGUUGAUGCUGAACAUUCUCGCCAACGAGUUGAACGAGACCAAGAAGGCAAGAGUCAACGCCAGCGAUUGUUUUGCCGCCCUUGAGCGCAUGUACAAGCGCUGCUCUGGUGGCUGGGCCUGCACUGCCAUGCUCGCUGGUUUCGGUCUUAUUGGUUUCCGCGACGCCUACGGCAUUCGCCCAAUGGUCCUCGGCUCCAAGCCUUCGGACGAUGGCGUCGGCACUGACUACAUGAUGGCCUCCGAGUCUGUUGCGUUAUCGCAAUGUGGUUACAAGAAUAUCAUUGACAUCAAGCCCGGCCAGGCUGUCAUCAUCGAAAAGGGCAAGGAGCCCGUUUUCUCCCAAGUUGCACAGGAGCUGAACUACGCCCCUGACAUUUUCGAAUACGUCUACUUUGCCCGUCCCGAGUCUGUUAUUGACGGUAUCUCGGUCCACCGCAGUCGCCAACUCAUGGGUUACCGCCUCGCCGAGACCAUCAAGCAGCAACUCUCNCCCGAACAACUCGCAAGCAUUGACGCUGUUAUCCCCAUUCCCGAAACCAGUCUUAUUUCUGCCUAUGCCGUUUCUAAGCACCUGAAGAUCCCCUACUGCCAGGGCUUUGUUAAGAACCGCUACAUCUUCCGCACUUUUAUCAUGCCGAACCAGAAGGCUCGUCAAAAGGGUGUCCGUGCAAAGCUCAAUGCCAUCCCCAUCGAGUUCCAGGACAAGAACGUGCUUCUUGUCGACGACAGUAUCGUCAGAGGUACUACCAGUCGCGAGAUUGUGCUCAUGGCAAAAGAGGCCGGUGCCAAACAAGUCUUCUUCGCCAGUUGCGCUCCCCCAAUCACUUAUGCUCACAUCUAUGGUAUUGAUCUUGCAUCAUCUUCAGAGCUCAUCGCCCACCACAGCAGCUCUCAAGACAUUGCUAAGAAGAUUGGUGCCGACGCCGUCGUUUACCAGUCGCUCAAGGAUCUUGAAGAGUCUUGCGCAGAAGCCAGUCCUCGUCCGAACCAAAAAUUCGAAGUUGGUGUCUUCUGUGGCACAUAUGUCACACCGGUCAACAACGACUACUUCGAGCAUCUCGAACGCAUGCGUGGAGAUGCAAAGAAGCUCAAGGUCAUGGAAAGUGCCCGUGAGGCCGUCAGACAGGGCACCGCCGGCGAGGAGGAAGUGCGCAUGGCGGCGAGCGGUGUCAAAGUCGACCGCCAGGGUAAUGUGGUUCCUGCCAACGAGGGCAAUCAAGCACAAGCAACAGCCGUCAGCAAAAUCACUGCCGAUGGCGAGGAUGAGGAGAAAAGACCCAAAGCUGGCUUGAUGCACCGCGGCAGCCAGGACGUCUCCUUGCACAACUUGAACGACUACUGA